UUACUUGAGUAGACAAAUAUCAUAUGAUCUGACAAUGAGAAUUAUUACUGUCAAAUAAAAAAGCAAAAUAUAAAUAAAUUGUAAACUUUAUAUCGUGAAAAACAUAUUAUAGUAUAUAAAACCAGAGAAAUGAUAUAAACUUUAUAUAACAACACAAUCGUCUUAACGCUAUUAAUUAAAAAUGAUAUAAUCAAUGUUUACAACUAAUUAAUAAUAAACAAUUUGAUUUCUUCUCAAAAAUGGCAACUCUAUAUCAAACUCAACUUUUAACAGCUUUAGGAAAUAAAACGAAACAUCUGGCAGAACUGAAAAAAACAUUUGUUCGACCUUUGAUACAAAUCGCCGUCAAAGCGAUAGAACAAGAACAUAUAGAAGGAGGUAUUCUAGAGAGAAUCAGUCAAAAAUAUAAUAUACCUUUGGAAGAUGUAGAUGAAUAUUUUUCAGCUGUUUUUAUUAUUUUAAAAACGUAUCUUAAAUAUGUAUCGUGUUCUGUCAAACCAGCAGAAUUUAAGCAAACUUUAGAAGAAUUAAAACUUCCUUUGGAUUGCAUUGAGGAUUUAUAUACCGUUGUAUCCGGUCAAAAGAAAGCGGACUUACUUACAGGUUUAAUGAAAAAAACCAAGUUUUUUCCACGUUUGAUAUCAUGCAAAUGGCGUAUAGACGUUGUUAUUUCAUCAAAUGUUUUAAGUAGAGUGCUAGAACCAUGUAUUAUAUUGGAAUGUAUAUUUGAUACUGGAGAAACCUAUUCAUUUGAACUCUCUUUAGCACAAUUUCAUCGUUUUAGACAUGCGGUAGCAAGUAUUCUUGUAGAAAUACAAUCAUUGGAACAACGCAAUGCUUUAAAAAAUAUACAGCACAGCUGACAACUAUAUUGGCAGCAACAAAUAUUAUUAUAAAAUAACAUAUUAAAAUAUAAUUAUAUAUAAACAACAAAUAUAAUCAUACUAGAAAUUGUUAUAACAUUAGUUUUCAUUUUUUAAUAUCAUAAUAAAAAUUAUGUAAUGUUUGUUCUUUUGUAUUUGUCAUUAAAAUAAAGAAAACAAUUUUUCUAAUUGUUAUUAGAAAUAAA